AUGGUGCAGCUGUUGUCUGGUAGCCACAACGAAGUCAUUUCAGGUAUCUUCACGCCCACACAGGCGAGCAAGCGCAGCAGCCGCGGCAAGAACGGAAAAGAAGGCCGCCAAAAGGGCUUUCUAGUGGGUAACACUAUCGCUGGUGCGUUCCGUAAGCAACUGUCAGAACUGAUGCUGACCAUUAACAAGACCUCAUCGCGGUAUGUGCGCUGCAUCAAGCCGAACGCGAACAAGAGUGCAGCUGAGUUUGAUCGCCUCAUGAUUGUGGAGCAACUGCGCUGCGCUGGCGUGAUCGCUGCCAUUCGCAUCAGUCGUGCUGCCUUUCCGAAUCGUUUGCCACUUGUCGAGUUCCAGCAGCGUUUCCAGAUCAUUUGCCCAUCAGCACUGCGUGACGCGGAACCUUUGGAAAUGGUAGCUGGUCUGCUGAAGGAAUUGGUGCCCGACAUUGCUACUAGCAUGCAAAACACCAAAUUUGCUGUUGGCUCGACGAAGGUCUACUUUAGCUCGGGUCUGUUGCAGCGAUUAGAGGACCGCCGUGACGUGAUCCUGAAAGACCAUGCGAUCCUCGUUCAGAAAGUAUUGCAUGGCUACGUGUAUCGCAAGCGCUUCUUGCGUCAGUGUAAUGCUGCAGUUGAGAUCCAGUCCAGGACGCGCGGUAGCUUCCAGGCGAGACGUUACCGUACUCUGCGCACUGGAAUGAUUAAGCUGCAGUCUCUCGAGCGUGGCCGCAAGCAGCGUUACCUGUUCGGAUUGCUCCUCAAUCGUGUUCGAAAGGAGCGCGAGCUUGAUCGGGAACGUCUUCGCAAUAUCGCUCUGCAAGAGGUGGCGGAGCGCAUUCUCCAGAAGGAGAUCGAAGAGCGCAUAUCUUAG